ACAGGCAGGGCGGAGGAGGAAGAGGAGAGAGAGGGAGAGAGAGAGAGAGAGAGAAAGAGAGGGAGAGAGCGAGAGAUUAGAAAGCCUGAAUCGCUGCGGUUCGGAUGUUAAACUGAAUCUUGAACGAGAACCUCCUGACCUCAGGCGGAACACUGAAGAUCGGCUAUCCAGCAUGCCAAUGACUCAAAAGGAAGCUGAUGAACACCAAGGAUGAAGUGGUGGGUGAACCUUUGAGGACACACACCUUGAAGUGAAGGACUUUCAUUAAUCCGUGAGCAGCUUGCAGAGGGCUCCAUCCUUUCUCGACGCCGUCCGCCUCCUCUCCAAAGGAAGAGAACCAGGUCUCGAUCGAUGGUCCCCUCUGCCGUUUUCUAAAUGUUUUCCUCAGGCCAUUGGCGCCAGUCUCUCCAAAGAUAACUUUCUCCUGGAUUCUUUGACAAGGUUGUGUGACGCCAGCAGGUGAGAGUCGCUGAGUUGUUUACACUUAGCUAGCAUAACCAAGACAUUCUUUUCGCUUCCCUAUCUGGCUGCUGGUCCCGGCUGGCCUUCACUAUGUGUGAACUCUCACUACUUUUACAAGUUAAGCUUUGACACACUUAAACAGUUAAUCUACCCAGCUAAUUAUUUAAUAAAGCAAUAUUUCUAUAAACUACUUGUAACCAUUCACUCAGUUAAUCAUAAAACAGUUAUAUUUAUACUCUACUUAUAUUAAGGCACUUAGUCGAUAAACAUCAAUGCAAACAGUUAUUCUGAAAUCUACUUGUAUAUGUUACUUGAUUGUAUAUGCCCCUAUGAUUCAGGGGGCAACUAAGGACUCUAAUCCAAACCCUUCGGUGCUAUAUCCCAACACUUUUGUCCAAUAUAUUACACCAUCUGGACUGCAUGUGUCCAAUUCUUAAAAACAUUUGUGUGCUGAAGACUUCCUGUUUGUUUAGUUUCCUGUGCAGGCGCUUUUGCAGACAUUGCAAUGUCUUUUUUGGUUUUGCCUGUCUGUCUCAUGUUUAUUUUUUUCCUUUCAGCUCCUAGAAGAGUUAACAUCAGGGAGCCUAACUUGUCAAUAUACACUCAAGGAAAAAAGAAACGCAGCACUCAGUUUUGGGAGUUUUUGGGGGGCAGAAUAAUUUUAUUUGUGAGAUCUGCCAGUUUUAUAUGAACCCUAUAUCCAUUUGUAAUCCUCAGGCCAACUCAUGCGGCGUUUACACAUUUUCAAGUCCAAUAACACAACCAAACGAUAGAGCACCCCCCAAACCAAAAGUUACAGGAAUUGCAUUAUACUGUCAAUAGUUCACAACACUGGCCUGUGGUGUGUCCCAAUGGUCUCGGCUGCGGACCUGGUGGCAGGCCGGAACCUGUCACAGAGAUGUCCCAGCAGGUUGGCGCGGUCUUGUGCAGCGGUCGUUACACGGGGGCGACCAGUACGAGGGCGGCCGUUAGAGGAACCAGUGGCGUGGUAUCGCUCAGCAAGACAAGCAAUGGUAGAGCGGUGGACUCCAAACACCCUGGCGACAGCAAGACAACCCCGUCCAGCUUGGUAGCGUACCGAUAGCUCGAUCCCUCUCUGGGUGCGACAAUCGUGGAAUCUUGAAGAAGUGUGUUUUUGGCUUCAUUCUGGUGCCCUUUUAUAAAGAAGGCUUGAGCACAGUUAACCAAUGGUAAAACUCAACUCUACGAGCAUGUGUGCAUAAACACGCCUGAAAUGCACUCUUUAUUGUCCUCACCAUCAGUCACAUUAUUAUCCUAUUUUUGUUUUAUGUAUUUAUGCUCCGUUGUAAGGACUCCUUUUGUCUUGAAACAUUUUUUGUUAUACAUCGGACUGUGUCUCCUCUGCAUUCUGGGAUCCGACACCAGUUCACGCAGUUUUGUGUCAGUUUCCCUUUGGACCACCGACCAGCUCAUCAGUUGGCUUGUGAUUGGCCGUCCUCACUGUCACUCCAUGAGUGCUUGCCCGCCAGUGUUUUAAUAAUUGGCGAGGAGAUUGUGUUCAUCUGCCAAAUGACAGUUGCAAAGGUUCUUCUCUCCUUUGUACUUGUGAAUUUCAACCGGGAGUUAAGUCCCUCCCCUUCCGCUAUGUAGUCAAGAUGGCGAGGAGGGUGGUUAGGCUCCAUUGCGGCAUACUAUUGGGGCGUGUUGAGUGCAAUAUCCGAGUACUGACUGUACUGCAGUUUUCCGCACUUCUCAUUGGAAUGCACUUAUGCACUCAAAAUGCUAAAUGCAAGCGUGGGUAAACAUGGACCAAGUUACCCAGCUAGACAUCACAAACUAGGCAGGUACGAGGACCAGAGCUGCCCAGAAAAGAGCCGCUAUGACUGGGUUGCAUCUGGCCAUUGAGAGCCCUGGACCUCCAAUCCAGUGAGGUGACUGCUGAAAAGUGACAAAAUGGCGUGGAGGUGAGGGGGGGACAGAUCCAAGCGCGGAUCCAGAGGGUGUGUUGUACUUUACAGACAGGCACAUGAUGAUCAUAGCCUCAUCAAAGUUGCCUUUGUUUGACGGUGCAGAAAUGUACAUUUCCAUCAGGAGAACAAUCUGCCUUUGGUCUGUCAAUUUGUCCCCAGCACCUCCCUUUUGACCUUUCACAGCGACCUUUAAUCAAAGGCAAGCUAUGGCUCCCCAGGGUCGCCGCUAACGAGCCGAUUGCUCGGGCACCGACAGUGAUGCUGAGAAAGCCGACGGAGGCCUGGAAAAAACACCUUUCUUAAAUCAUAAAGCUUCUAAGCCUUCAUCCCGGCGACAAGCGGAGCGGAAGUUUGUCGCACCGUGUAAAUGAUGCAGGGAGAGGGAUGAGUCACCACUGAGAGCGUCAGGAAAAUGAAUGCAGUGAUGCAGCACUUUGCCGUGGCAAAACGCUUGCACCUGCGAGGGCUCUGACAGGUGCAACAACAAGGGCACUCCUAUUAAAACACUGAGCCAUCGUCCACUCCAUGCCAAUCCGCACUAAGUGCUAUAGUUGCAUUCUGUCUGGAAAAUGCAGUUAGGUUUUACUUUCGGGCGAUGAAGAACCAUUUGGCCAUUAGUUGCUUAUUAGUUCUUCAUUAGUUCUUCAUUGGUUUGUCAGUAACUGGUGUAUUUUUGUGUAGCUGAUUGUAAAGUGUGACCAGUGGACCUUAAAUAUUAAAGGCUGAAUUAUGCUACAGUGUAGUCCCUACGGUGGCCCUUUUAACGGCAUCUUGAUCCUGUUAUAACUCUUCAGCGGUAGCCGAGCGUGUAACGAGCAACUCCCCACUAAAACGCUAGGGGUGAUGUUUUCCUAAAAGUGGCUCUAGUAGCAGAGAACAAUACGACUGUUGGCGCUGGAACAUCAAUCACUUUUACUGUACAUGUUCUUGCAAAACCACUCGUAUUUACAUCAUGUUCAUACAGCUGCUCAUUUUUGCAUACAGGCAUCCCUCGUUUAUCACGGUCAGUUGGUUCCGCGAUAAGUGAAUAUCUGUGAAGUUAGAUUCAAUAUUAAUAAAUGGAAUAUGUUCGUAGUUAGAACAUUGAAAACUUUCUAAAUACAAUCUUUACCAUUAUUAGAGCCCUGUAGACAUGAAAUAACACCCCUAUAGUCACCAUUGCACUCCUAUUAUGUUUUUGUUUACACAACUUUGCUCAACUGUAAUGUACAGGCUACGGGAUCAAGCAAGCUAGUAAGCUAAUAAGUUAGCCUCCAAUUUAUUUACUGUAGUCUAAACUUAAAGGGUCUAAAACUGACAUACCAUUGCUGACUCCCUGCAGUGUGACGGUAAUAAGACUCUGAUGUUAUGGCUCAAUAAUGGAACAUUACUGACGCCUAGGGGCCAGAAGACCUUUGUCUUUCAAUAUUUUUUGACUAAAAAUACGCCAUAGACCACGAAACAGGGACCAUUUAUUAAUUCAUUCAUUUUUGCUUUGAAAAACCGAGAUGGAGCGAUAAUAUAACCGCGAUAUUGCAAGGGACGAGUGUCUUUCAUAUUUCUUCGCUGCGACACUCUUUUGUUUGGGAGGACUUUUGGGGGCUUUCACGGGAGGCAAAACCGAAAAUAAUGUACUAAAAUAAGACCACCAAAUCACAGCUUUGCAGUCCGUGUCUGUGUCAUAAGGUUAGAUUUUUUUGAAGGUGCAAGUCAAGCUCCAACAAAGGGUUUGGAGGGGGAGGAGCCAGCCGGCUUUGCUUACGCGGACGCUGUGACACUCAAGCAUGAUUCAGCCUUAACAUUCCAGUCCUUUGCCUUUCAGAGAGAAAUUUAAACGAGGAAAUGAUGGGAUGUGAGUGAAAUAUUAAGUCAUCCACAUUGCGAGAUUUUCCCCUGCCUUUAUGCAACAUGGGAGAUUUGGAUCCAUUUUUGCAGAGAAGACAUUCAAAGUCAUUCUGGAGAACGCCGACGAUGAUGGAAAUUCAUCCGUGAUAUAAUACAGCUUGACUUUGGUGUGCCUUGUCAUAAAAGACAGCCAAGUGUGUGUGCGAGAGAGAUAGAGGGUGGGUGGUAUGCAGAAUGCAGAAGACCACAAGACUGACUGCAUGGCAAAUAAUACAUCCACCUCACAGAUGUGGCAUAUCAAGAUGGCGAUUAGACAGCGUUAUUAGCAGCAGUCAGUAUCUGGUGUGACCACCAUUUGCCUCACGCAGUGCAGCACAUCGCCUUCCUACCAAGUUCAUCAGGUUAUUGAUUGUGGCCUGUGGAAUGUUGGUCCACUCCUCUUCAGUGGCUGUGCAAAGUCGCUGGAUAUUUGCAGGAACCUGAACACGCUGUUGUAUGUGCCAAUCCAGAGCAUCCCAAACACGAUCAAUGGGUGACAUGUCCGGCGAGGGCGCGUUCAACUGGGAUGUUUGCAGCUCCAUGGGGCCGUGAAUUAUCAUCCUAAAACAUGAGGUGGUUGUCUUGGAUGAAUGGCACAACAAUGGGCCUCAUGAUCUUGUCAGAGUAUCUGUGCAUUCAAAAUGCCAUAAAAAUAAAAUGCACCUGUGUUCACUGUCCAUAACAUAUGCCUGACCACACCAUAACCACACCGCAACCACGGGACCAACAACACUGACAUCAGCAAACUGCUCACCCACACAACGCCAUACACACUGUCUGCCACCUGCUUUCUGUAGUGAAAAACGCUAUUCAUCUGUGAACACGUCCUUACAUGAAUGUGAGCGUUGGCCGACUCAAGUUGGUUACAAUGACGAGCUGCAGAGGAAGACGAGCAUACAGAAGAGCUUCCCUGAGAUGGUUUCUAAUAGUGAAGCUGCUUGGAUGUGCUGCCCAAAUCUCUGCAAUGUCUUUGGAGGCGGCUUAUGGUAGAAAAAUGAACAUUCAAUUGAAGGGCAACACUGGUGGACAUUCCUGCAAUCAGCAAGCAAGCCGAUCUGUGGCAUUAUGCUGUGAUAAAACUGCGCAUUUUGGAGUUGCCUUAGGCACACCUGUGCAAUAGUCAUGCAAUCUAAUCAGCACCUUAAUAAACCACAUCUGUGAGGUGCAUGGAUUAUCUCGGGAGGGCGCUGGGAAAGAAGGGCAAAAUACAUUCGGGAGGGUUGACAGGUGUGUCUCUGACACUGUCUUGAUCCAUUUUGUUUUUAACCUGUCUUGUCCAGCCAACAGGGCAAAUAGUAAUGUUGAUCUAGAUGGACGUGAGCAUGUAUGCACGUAUGUGUACCUGCGUAUAUGUGUGUCUGUAUGUAUUUGUCACUGAGUAUGUAUGAAAGAUGGGGGCUUGCUUCCCACCACUCAGUAAGCCUCGCCCCACAGAGGCAGCGCCAGCAAGUGGGGGGGCAGAACUCGGACAGGGACUUAGCUUUUAUCUGUAUAUGAAGUACACGCAACCUUUCUUUCUCCAGGAAAAUUUCUGAUACUUUGCAGUAAAGGUCUGAUCACAUCCUGGUGAGUUUACGUAAAAAUUCUCCAUCUUGGCAGUCAAAUGAAUUCAUUCAUUCAGAGCAUAAAAAUAUCUUGAAUUCGUUUGACUUUCUGUUCGCUAGCGCUGCUGCUAUAAAACAACAAAAAAACGCGGCUUUUCCUCUGUGGAAGAAUGUCGGUGACAAGCACCUUCCAGCUCAUGCACGCCCCCACCCUUUCAGGAUGCAGCGGUACCGCAAGUGCCUCCCGAAUGACAUUUCUAUCUUAUUUUUAUUCUUUUUUUUAAUUAUUCUAUUUCAUUGUCCGAGUAGCAAGAAUAAUGAUGUCACACUUACAUUAAAGACUUUACACGGGCUGUAGAAAGUCCCGGUGUAUCAUUCAUUUUUCUGCAUUAUAUUGUUGGCGACGUGCUGACAAACAGAAACUGACAAACACAAACUGGCAGGCGCUAUGUGUGAUGGCAGCCAGGGAUGCUCGCGGCAUCCUCAGGCUCAGGAAAUGAGCAAAUUGAGCAAUUUUUAUUUUGAGGCUGUGCCUCACCUGUCUCCCCUGACUGCAUGUCACAGCUCACUGCACACAGUACACCCCAGCAUGUUUUCCAAAGCAUUUUCACCACAACCCAUAGGGCGCGCCACAAAUCUAAUUCACAUUUAUGUGACAAAAUGAGGACAACCCAUGGCGUUAACAUUUUUUCACAACUGUAUAUUUGUAACGUUGACUGUAACGUUUGCAGUUUCAGGCUUCAAACCAGUUUUGGUGUGUCAACAAUUAGCCAAAGAAGACAGUGUUUUAGAUCAAUUUCAAUAUUGCAUGACAUGCUAUGAACUAUCAUGUUUUCCUUCUGUGGCGUUCACUUUUAAUUUGAAUUGUCUUUACAAUUAACAACAGAAGUUUAACAUAAUUAAAAUGUACUUACUUAUUAAAAGUUUUAAUAAUAAUAGUUAGUGGUAUCACGAUACACCCACCCGAUCCAAGAUAUUUUGGGUUCACGAGAAUGAGACGAUAUUUUAACAUUACUUUUAAGAAAACUAUAAUCACAAAUAGGACUUCUUUAUUUAACUGAGUCACAAAAGAUUGCAGGUACAUUUUGAAAUGUUUUACAACUUCGCAUGCUAAAGCGUGAUGCUUUUAACUGCUGAACUUUUUUCCACAAAUUGAAACAAAAACCUAAAAAUGAUAACAGCUGCACCGUUCUCGCGAGAGAGCGUUUCUCUAAACAAGAAAUAUCGUCACUUUUUAAUCUCCCAACUCCCCUAAUAAUACUACUGACAGAGCCCGCAUGCCUGCGCGCGUGCAUGUGUGGCAUUGCAUAACCACGCUCCCCCACCUAUGAAGUCCGACUGUCUGUGGACACGCGCAACUCCUGGUGCCCUUUAGGAAAUGUCAUCCAGCCUGGUGAUGCAAUGUUUGGUUGUGGGAGGGGGGACGGAGCUCAAUGUCGAGGGUCAAUAUCACCCCCCGCCCCCCUUUCACACUGAACCUCAUCCACUCUGCCAUCGUGCGUCACUGAGCGUGAGAUGGCCACCAUUAAAUAUCCAUCCAUCCUAAAUGACUCCCAAGAAACGUUAAGAGCACUCCCUCAACCACCACCUCGCGUGAUUCACGAUGACGACGGCUGCUCACGGGGAGCGGGGUGACUUUCUGUGACGUCACACGCGGGGAGGGGGUUAGAGAUUGCGCGAGGGUGUGCAUGCGGCGGGAGCAAGGCAGCCAUAUAACCAUGACAACGGAGCAGCGAGGCGCGCGCGGCUGAAUGCGUGGAUAAAGAAGAAAAAAGAGGAGGAAGGAGGAAGAAGAAGAGGAGAAAGGACAUCGCCGCUUUCCUGCAGGGGACGACAAGAAGACACCCAGCUGCCAUGAUCCUCUCGCUGGCCGCGGCAGCAGCCGUGAGCAGCGGUGGCAGCCUGAACUCCUCGUCCCCCCUGGACCUCGUCAGCUCAUCCACCUCCUGGGGUCUCUCUGAGGAGCUCUCCAACGCCUCCUCCGAGCCGGUGGUGCGGAUGACCCCGGACCUCCUGCCGGCAACCACCGCCGUGGCUGUCCAGGAGGUGAGCCCGUGGGACAUAGCGCUGUGCGUGACAGGAACGCUCAUUUCGUGCGAGAACGCGCUGGUCAUCGCCGUGCUCUUCUACACUCCCACUCUGCGGGCGCCCAUGUUCAUCCUGAUCGGCUCACUGGCAGUGGCCGACCUCCUGGCUGGUCUCGGCCUCAUCUUGAACUUUGUCUUCACCUACUUGGUGGAUGGCUCGCUGGAGCUGGUGACUCUUCUGUCAGUGGGACUGCUCAUCUCGGCCUUCUCUGCGUCCGUUCUCAACAUCCUGGCCAUCACGGUGGACCGCUACCUGUCGCUGUACAACGCGCUGACCUACCACACGGAACGGACGGUCACCUUCACUUAUGUGAUGGUCAUCUUCAUCUGGCUCUCAUGUGUCACGCUGGGCCUGCUGCCGGCGCUCGGCUGGAACUGCCUGCGGGACGAGUCCAUGUGCAGCAUCUGCCGGCCCGUCACCAAAAACAACGCUGUGGCGCUCGCCGUCACCUUCCUGCUGGUUUUCGCCCUCAUGAUGCAGCUGUACCUGCAGAUCUGCAAGAUCGCCUUUCGCCAUGCACAGCAGAUCGCCGUGCAGCACCAGUUCGUGGCCAUCUCCACCACCAAGGGCGUCUCCACGCUGUCGGCCAUCCUGUGUGCCUUCGGGGUGUGCUGGCUCCCGUUUGCCAUGUACUCCAUUGUGGCCGACUCCAGCUACCCCGCCAUAUACACCUACGCCACCGUGCUGCCCGCCACCUGCUGCUCCGUCAUCAACCCCAUCAUCUAUGCGUUCCGAAACCCGGACAUCCAGAAGUCGCUGUGGAUGGCGUGCUGCGGUUGCGUCCCGUCCAAUCUUUCGCUCAGACCCCGCGCCUCCAGCGACGUGUAGCACAGACCCUCUGCAUUCUUCGGGGCUUUUGGCAGAGCAGCGGGGCGAGGAGUGUGGCAGCUCCUCUCGUCAGGAAGAGGUCAGCGGUGGGACGACGAGGACAACCGCCAGCGUUGAUCCCACUGCAAAAACCUGAUGACGCAUCGGGACCUCCUUGAGGCCUACCUCUCAGGAGUAGCACCUUCGUGAAGGUUUGGAGGGACGUGUCCCGACCUUGCUGGGAAAGCACUGCAUGCUUAUGCAAUUCGAAGGUCACAGAAUGCUGGUUUGGUUUGGAAUUCAAGUGGAGCUAACUUCUACCAAGGAAUGACCUUGGGUAUCUUUUAUGAGCUAAUUUGUUUUCUCCUGAUGGGGAAAACAAGAACAACGGUGUCCUUUAAUCUGAUGCAGAUGAGCUAAUGAGUUAGGGGGCGGGAAUAAUCACCUGGGAGGAUAGAUUGGAUUCACUACGACAUCUUCUUUCAAGCACAUUAGGACUUUUCCAGAAAAAGAAAAAACAGCAGCACAAUCAGCAUUUUCCCAAAGGCAGGAAGAUGGAAAGCAUCCGUCCUAAACGCAUAGGCGAGCCCCCCCCCCUUCCUUAAAAAGAUACCCAGCUAGGGUGCACGUCGGGUGUUAUAAAAUAGUGUGAGGGAAUCGUGUUCGGCUGCGCCGUGACUGCGAAAGCAGCAUUCAGCACCAAAGACAGCACCACUGCAGCGCGCCGCUAUGGAGGGAAUGCUUCUCUGCUGCGGGGGCGGGGACUGCUCGUGGGGUGGAGGGGGGGGUCUAGAGAGAGCUGGAAAGUAGGCUAGGCUGUUCUCCUUUAGCAUCUCCAUGACGGCAUGACGAUGCGGCCUUUAGGAGGAGGAAAGAUUCCCCCGCUGAUUUCUUCCAACCAUUAUGAGGAUUAAAGAUGUUCCCACAGGGUGUUGAUAAGGUGUCUCCCGAUUACAUGGCAGGAACAGGCGGGGUUUUAUGAUGCACAUAUACUUUUAAUUUAAAAGACCCCACUGAUUAUCCAUUCGCCUAUGCUGGGAUAGAACAGGAUAUCAACAUGAUCAUGUUCAAAUCAUGUUUUUUAAUGCAUAAAAAUACAAUGGCAACAAUUUACCACCGAGCAGUUGCAGUUUUUUGCAGAGAGAAGACAUAUUAGGCGUAGUGACACCCCUGCCGAGGAAAUUUGCCAUUCAUCGUCCAUCAGAACCUCUUUGUUGUCUUCAUAGAAGGGAAGGAAAAUGCAACCGGCAGCGGGGUCAUCGUGCAGGUUAGAACCGCGCAGAGCUAACAAUAACAUCGUUAUGACGAUAGUAACAAUGGCGCAAGGACGUGAUGACGAUGGCUUUGGGAAAAUGAUUGGUGACUUACUUCACAAAUAAAACACAUAAAUAAAGCAGGUUGUUUGACAGGGAAUCAUUUUAACGCUUUUUACCAAAUAACAAGAGUGAGAGUCCCGGCUCAUCCUAAAGUUGUCAAUGAAGAGCCUCUUUGUUGAAUCUCUGCUGUCUUGUUCUGUUCGUGGCCUCACUGGAACAAAAGUAAUGCUUAUUUGCAAUAAUGUAAAGGAUUUAAAAAGCAGAUUUGAUCCUGGGCAGGACAAUCUUAUUUUCAUAUUAUUUGAUCUCCAAGCAGUCCAAAAUACGGAGAAACCCCCCCCCCCCAACAUGAGUUGAACAUAAUGUCACUGUGACUCAAAUGCUGAAGUGGGUUUGUGUCAUUCUCUCUCUUUUGGCUCACUGCAAAAGCAUGAGACGACAUUUGUGCAUUAGUCACACAGUGAAAUAGACCUAGGUUAUUUUUUUAUACUAAACUUCGUUCCAUUCAAUCCAGAGAGGCCGACAGAAGGAGAAUCAUGAUGAGCACCAGUGAUCGGAUGUUAAGCUUAGCCAAGCUGCAGUCGGACAUGUUAGAUGGGACGCGCUGUGGAGAAUAUUAUCAAAGUAUACGUACCAGGGCUCCAGACUAACUUUUUUUGGGGGAAAAUUUAGGGAGCGUGCACCGAAAUCGCCUUGGAAAGUAAACAGUUCACACACACUGGCCCUUCUUCUUUGGUGUUUGUGUCCUUUCUCCCUCUCUAGGAGUUCAUGUCUAUUGCCUGUUACUGCCGACUACUGGGCUGAGGUGUGGUGCAGAAGUUUGUCAGCAGCAAAAAAAUAUUGAGUAAUAACACAAUAAAAUCGGCAAAUUAACUGGUAGGGUUGCCAACAUCUGCAAAAAUAAAUAAGGGACACCUUGUUGGCAGGGCCAACCAGCGCGCCUGUUUUGGGAGGUUUUUUUUGCCUUUAAUUGUGUAAUCUGAUGCCUGUUUUAGAGUAAUACCAAUACACGGGAAAUUAAUUGUUCAAUAAUAUAUAUUUCUUGUACGAAAAUACCACAAUUAACAGAAUAAAAUAAGGAUUUAAAUCUAUUUCUCACAGAAAUAUAAAACAGUAUAAAGUGAGUGUUCGGUUUAUGAUAGCUACUGUGAUAAAAAGAAGCUAUUUGUGUUUUAUGUGACUGCCAACAUUUCAAUUGUACUUUAUUUGCAAAGCACAUCUCCACUCAAACAGUGUGCUCAACGUCUUUAUGCUAUUUUGUGGUCAUUAAAAACAGACGUAAUGCAUGAAUGGAAGAGAUGUACUAAGAGUUGAAGCAAAUAUUCUUUGGUGAGCUACUCAAAAUCAGAGCGGAGAGAGCAAGAGCAGACAGCUCGGUUGUUAAAUGACACUUUAAAAAAGUAAGUUAGCACGUACCCCAUGAACGUGACAGCCACGAGGCCAAAACGAGGUCCGAACAGACCGCAUUGCUUAUUUGUUUAUUUGUUUCAAAGACAAAGACGUCUCAGUGGUUAAAAAUAAAAAAAAAGAAGUCACAUUUGGAGUCGGUGGACCGGAGGCUAGGCGGAUAACUCAGAAGAAAGUGAGAGCCAGGCAAAAUGUGUAAACAAAGUCGAACAAAUGCGAUUGAAACAUGAGCGAUCACACACUUUGGCAUCGAAAGGCUUAGACUGUGACAAGCUGUCGUCAGUUGACUCCACAUUUUACAGACUGUUUUUCACUCUCACAGUAACAAUUCUCCCUUGUCAAAUGGGCGUACUUUUAUCUGGUCGCACACGCGCGAGGAGAUGAGGAAUUUACUUGCGAUGUCUCAUAUUUUAGUUGCAAAAUGCGACCAUUUAGUCGCAGUCUGGAGCCCUGUGUACUAAGCUAACUAUCUUUCCAAACAACUGGGAACACCUAAGCUAAACAAAAUGGAUAUCUACAAACUUCACUUAAACAGGAAGGUCAUUAACUGUAACUGUUCUAAUUGAAAUACAUGAGCUAACUAGCUGGCUAACCGUUCUCACUGAGCUACACUUAAACAGGAAGUCAACUACUGUAGAACGCUAACUGUUCCAAAUGAAAUACACCCGCACAGGAAGCUAACAGUUCUCAGUGAGCUGCACUUGAAGAGCAAGCUAAUGUUCAAAUGAACUACACCGACACAGCAAGCGAACUCACGCGCUAACUUUUCUAAUUGAAAUACACCUACGCAGGAGGCUAGCUUGCCAAGUGCUCGCUAAGUGCUCUCAAUGAACUUACACUUACACAGGAAGCUACCUAGCCUGCUCACUGUUGUCAUUUAAGAAAAAACGUAUUGUCCACUGUUGAGGUUAGCUUGGUGGCUGGAGGGAGCGUGACAAAGAACACAUUUGGCGACAUUUGAGAGAGAAAAUGUAAUCAAAUUUAAAAACGGUCCCAUCUGGCAUGACUGAUUGUUUUUUUUUUUUUUUUUUUUUUUUAAAUUCCGCUGACUAAUUCUCACCUGUGAAUAU